AACUAGAGAAAAUAAAAAAGAUAUCACCAAUCUUACAGUUAAAAAUUCUGAACUUAAAAUCCAAGUAGCAAAAUUAAGUCGUGAUUUCGAAGAAAUCAAAUCAAAAGAAAUGACCACUGAUUAUUCAAAGCAAUUGCAAAUUUUCUCAUUAACUAAGAAUGAGAUGAAUCUUACUCGCGAUAAUUCAUUCCCAUUUUCAUCAAAAAAGCGUCCCGUAUUAUUCAUUUUUAUUAUUGUUGCUGGGUACCUUAUUAAACAAUAUGUCGCGGAAGAAAAAAGGAGAAAAGCCGCUCAAAAGGCAUCUAGUGUUUCAUCUGACCCAGAGAGGGGCAGACGAUCGAAGAAAAUAGGUGUAGACGCGCGCUUUUUCGCACAGGUUAGAAAGCUAUUACCAAUUUGUAUACCAGGUUUUGCUUCCAAGGAAACAGUGCUACUAAUUAGUUUAGCAUUGGUUCUAAUCGCUCGUACUUGGCUUGAUAUAUGGUUUUCUGGGUUUAAUGGCCACGUUGUUAAAGCAAUUGUGUCGCGUGAUCGAAAAACAUUUAUUGCAUUAGCUGUUGUUGAAUUUGGAUUCAUGAUGCACGCAAAUAAGAACUACUCAAAAGAUAUUGUUUUCUAUAAGAUUUCUAAUCUCGAUAAUCGGAUUCAAAACGCAGAUCAAUUAUUGACUCAGGAUAUCGAUAAGUUUGCAGAAAAUCUAAGUCAUUUAUACUCGGAUUUUGCUAAGCCGCUUGUCGAUAUGGUAUUGUUUGCUUACAAAUUAGGCGAAGCCAU